ACAGGCGGGGCUUAAAGUUGGUGACUUCGUUCGAAAAACUGCAUCCACCAGAACUUUUCUCCCCUCUGUGGAGCAGCUUUAGCAGCACACUUGGACCUCGCUUUCGGGAAUAACGAGUAACUACGGUGCAAAAAUACCGACCUGCAACACGCUAGUAAGCGUGAUGGGCCUGAUUAAGUUUCUGUGUGCGGUUAUAACCAGAGCGUUGUUUAUCCUGGUGUCUCUGACCGGGGUCUGGAGGGUGACCAGGGUAAAGGAAGACCCCAAUUACUGGUUCCUCACUUUCCUCUUUUUGCCGCUUGUUGCUGAAAUGUUCAUAACACUGAGGAGGAGAAAGGGCAAAGACUACAAAUGGUUUUCUCCUCCCAUCUUUAUGUUUCUCAUCAGUAUCAUUCCCUCAAUCUGGAUCCUGGAGCUCCACUACCAGCAGGACAAACUUAGCGAUCCACAGUGCAAAAAACUUGACUCGUGGGAGAAUCUGCGUAGAGUAAUGACUGUGAACGAGACCCAGGGAAACUUCACAUACCACGACUACCUGGGGAACAUUAACCAGGUGUUAUCAGCAGUCUGUUCAAACGACUGGAUCCUGGCUCUACAUCAGAUCCUUCUCAUCCUCCUCAUUGUGGGAAAGUGGCUUCUUCCCCUGGGGGGCGGGGUCACACGGGACGAGCUAUCGCAGCUUCUCCUUAUUUUUGUCGGCACUGCUGCAGACAUCCUGGAAUUUACCAGUGAGACACUCUCAGAUGUCAAAGACAACAGUCCACAGCUGGUCUACAUCAUACUAGCUGUAUGGACCUGGAGCAUGUUGCAGUUCCCCCUACAUCUGUCCGUGGUGAACAACAAACCAGACUGUGAGGGUGAGCCGGGGGCCCAGGAGGUUUCUCUUUUGUCCAAACACAGCACAGACAUAUGGAACAUCGUGGAGGCAUUGUUUAUCCAGGACGGGCCUUUCCUGGUGGUCAGGCUCACUGUCAUGACCUACUUCGACGUCUUCCACCAGAUGCUGGUUUUCUUCGCCAUCAAGAACUUCAUGGUGGUAAUACUGAACUUCUACAGGUUGGCCGUGAUAUGCCAGGACUUUAGACCCUCCAGCAGCGACAGCAGGAUCAGCACGGUCCCCGCACUUUGAUGAUUCAGGGAGAUGGAGGGAUGAUGUAGGCAAAGUUUUGCAGUUGCAGUGGACUGGUGAAAAUUGCCAUUGCAGCAGAAAAAGAGGGACUUUUUUUUUUUUUCACAAUGCACUUUAGCUGUGAAUAAUGAAGGUAUUGAGAAGAUAAAAUAUUAGUAACAGUUUCCUUACAGUUUCAAGAGGAUAGAGCUUGAGUUGUAGAUAUCAUUGUCAAGCAUUCAACUACUUUCAGAGUUUAUACUUCCCUUCAGUGACAUUUCAGUCCCUCUGGAGCUAUCCUCAACUAAGUUAAAAAUCCCCCAUCUAUACAGUACUUGAAUGAGAUAAUGCAAGCAGACUAAAUCUGGGGAUAGGGAGGGGGAAAAAAAGGAAAGAAGCAGCAGGAAAAAAAGAUGAUUGUAUGAACUGAUAAUGCAUUUUACCAAGACUGUCAGCUGAAUGAACCAAAUGCAAAUGUUUGAACACAGGAAAUGAAGUCAUGCUGCUGCCGGAGAAAAGAAUUUCAACUUCUCUGUCUAUUUCCAGACUGUUCCUAGACAUAAUUAAGUUCAAUUUAACAUCUUUUUUUUUUGUCAAAGUCUGAUCAUAACAACAGUAAGAGCUUAAAAUUCCUCUUGACAUAACUUUAUUUGACUGAAAUAAUCAUCUCUGUAGAUAACAGUGAUACACAAAAGAAAACAUGAUCCCCUUAUAAAUGAGCCUGCACAACAUCAGGAAUUAUAAGAUCAAAUUCAAGCCUCACGUCUGUGUAGUUUAUUUAGUUCUCAGAGUUUCUCACUUCAGUCUAAAAAGUCAACUGAAUGUCUGCAAUUAACAAAAGUCUUCACAGGAUUUUUGUCACAAAUUUUACAAUUUAAAUGCAUAUCAAACAAGUCCAUUAUUUGUCAAGCAGAAUCUCCAAGCGUCCUCCUGGUGGUGUUAAAAGGAAGGUCAUGGGCUCACCAUGAAUGUUGUCACAGAAUUUUAUGGUGAUCCAAUAAAAUGUUGGGUUUUUUUUUGUUAUUUUUAGGUUCCGAUGGAUUGAUACUGAUACUCUUUAAUUCUCUGAAAUGAGCAUUUUUGAAAUUCUUAUAUCUCCAAAGAAGAAGAAGGUUUAUACCUCAUGACGCAAAGAAAAGUCUGCUGUAAGCAGGAACGUUUCCCCUGCUCGAUUUCUAACAAUGUGAUUCCUGGUAUCUCAUCUAGCGGAAGUAAGAACUGUGGGAAGAGGAAGAGAGAAAGACGGAGAGAGUUAUUCUAGGAGACACAACAGCUGCAAGUGUUGACACAACAUUUUUUCUGUCUCAAUCCAGACGGGAAGUUAAAACAUCCCAUCCUGUGACAGGAGGCAUUUUGAAUAAAACACAAUGUUGUCUUUACUUUUAUUUUAUACCUCUUGAAUAUUCUUCUUUAAGAAGGAGAAAUGUGCCAUCAACAGGUCAAAUUGUCAUUAUCACAAAGUGAUACUUUCCCUACUGUUACUGUUUGUAAGCAUUACGAGAUAGUUGUAACUCUGUGACCUGAUCAAAAUCUGUGUGCAUUUCUGCAAUAUCUUAAAAAGGGACAUCAAACAUGAAAUUACAGUCAGGUUUUCAACUCAAUUUGAGUUGUGCAUGUGUGACCCUUUGAAACAUUAGCAGUAUUUUUAAUGCCAAAGAAUCAUUAUCAUGACUCCGUGUUUUAAACUGUACAGUCUAAACUUGUAAAGGGCUCAAAUGUUUUUUUAGGUGCUGGAAUCAGACAACCCAAAAGCAUUGUAAGCUGGACUGUCCAAGUGUUUAUGCCACUGCAUCAUUAUAUUAUUAUUGUUAUAUGUUUCUGUGGCUUUGCUUGAUAAUAAAUCUGUUAUUGUCAGUUUGCUCUGA